AUGGCAUCGCCCGAACAAGACUGCGAGAUUUUUAAUGGGUUUGGAUCUUCUCCUUUAGAGAGAAAUCCUUCGCAGUCGGGGCGUAGGACAAAAAAGAGAUGGUCAUUUCAUGAUAACUCUAAACCAGAUUUGGUUGGUAUUCCAUCAGACGCAGCGGUUUCGAAAAGAAGGUUGAGUGAUAUAACAGGGGUUGAUGGGGUACACACAGAGAUUGAUCCAUAUCAUAUUUCUCCUGCCCAAUUAUACUCGACAGAAUCAGGAAGAUUAUUCCAUGCUGGAAAGAUUUGUAUUGCUCUUGCGGGAUUGCCAGGAAGAGGCAAAACACAUUUAUCAGUAUCUUUAACGAGAUAUCUUAGAUGGCUAGGAGUAAAAACGCACCUGUUUCACUUAGGAGAUUAUAGAAGAGCUAGCGCCGAAGACGAUAUUCGUUACGACCUAUUUGUCCCGUCUCCGAAUACUCAAAGGGCUAAUAAAAUCCGCAAGAAAAUUGUCGAUGAAUGUCUUAAUGAUAUAUUGAAUUUUUUCAAGAAGGAUAAGGGCCAAGUGGCAAUUUUUGAUGCUGUUAAUGCUUUACCGGAGUAUAGAGUUGAAUUACACAAGAUCUUCACUAGUUUAGAUAUUCAAGUUUUAUUUGUUGAGAGCUUAGUCACUGAUGACUCAAUUGUUAUGAAAAAUAUGGAGGAAGCGGCAAGAUCUUCCCCUGAUUAUAAGAAUUGGGAUUACCAAAAAGCCUAUAAUGAUUAUAGCGAAAGAAUCAAGUUUCUUAGUCCAUUUUAUCAGGAGAUGGGUACUGAGAGUGGCAAUCUAUCAUACAUCAAGUUCAUUAACUUUGGAGAAAGGAUCGAGCUACAUAAUUCGAAUUAUGGUUACUUAAUAAAUAAGGUUGUUUUCUUCUUAAUGAACUCCAGGAUUAAAGUGGGCUCCGUAUAUUUUGCUACUUGCAACUCUUUGGAUUACACUAGUGAUCCACCUUUAGACGGUGCUGGUAUUUUACAUGCCAAAAAUUUAACUACUUCCCUAGUUUCGCAUUUAAGAGCAAAAGGGAAAAAAUACAUCAAAGAUAUGCACGACAAAACAAGGCCACAGGUAAAAAGAGAAUUAUCUGUUGAAGAGAGGCACCCGACCGCAGGUGUCGAUGGUACCGAUGAUGAUUCGCUUGUUGUUUGGACUUCAGUUAAGAACAGAAAUAUUCAAAUGGCAAGGUUUUUUGCUGAGCAUAAUGUCAAAAUUCGCCCUAGAAUACAGCUUUCUCAAAAAAAUUUGGGAGUCGUUGCAAAUAUGACAGACGAAGAGAUUGAGCGCAAAUUUCCGUCUGAAUAUGAACUGUUUUUGAAGGAUCCAUAUCACCAUAGGUUUUCAAGAGCAGAAUCAUAUCAUGAUUUAGCUAUAAAAAUCGAACCUUUAAUUCUAGAGAUGGAGAGAAUGAGUGGAGAUAUUUUGAUAAUCGCGGACGAGACAAUUUUGAGAGUAUUUUAUGGCUAUCUAAUGUCGUGCUCAUGUUAUGAUAUUCCUACUUUAAAUUUUAAGGAAGACGAGAUUAUUGAGAUAAAAUUUAAUGCAUAUUCUAACACAGCAGAAAGAAUUCCUAUAACUAAUGAGAAGUUUAAGUAG